AGAUCAUGCAUUUUCGGACACUAGAACGAAAUCUUCCUGCGGAUAUCGCGGUUUCGGUGAUGAUUUAAGGAGAAAUUGACUGUUCUUAGAGUUGUAUAGGACAGAAAUGAGUUCAUACUUCAUGAAUACAUGAAUAUAUUAUGAUAUGGGCGGGCUUCUAAGUCAAAACAAUAACAAACUCAACUGCAUCUCUACUGUUUAUUGCGUAGUGUAUUGCCUAGUGUAUUUCGUAGUGUAUUUUAGCGGAGACAUUAUUUCCGCACUUUGGCCAUGCCAAACGUCUUUUUUAUUCGUGGAAGUUAAUCUGCUCUGUAAAUUUUAUUUUACGCAGGAAGAAUCCAUACUAGCUUUACAAUGGCUGUGCCAACGGUGCUUAAGAGGCGACAUACCCUUCGUGGAAGGGAUUUACUUCCCUUGUUGGCAAACUUCAAGGCAGCAGAUGCCGCUCCCAGGGAAUUUGCGAGAAUGGUGGUUAAUCAGGACAUUUCCACUUUGCCAAUAGCGGAUGUGAAGCGCCAUUUUACUGAUUUGACGGGGACCUCACCAGACAGUAUUAUGGAUCUGGCUGAUCGGGAAAGUAAUCUUGACAACAAUAGGCUGUUGUUGCAUCGGGCGAUUAUAUAUGCUAACGAGGUUGGACAUCCAAGAGGACAAGAGUUGCAGGAAUUGCCGGGGGCAUCUAUGGCUACACCCCAACAGCUGACUCAACCUGCGCGACGAUCUGUGUCUCCUCCGACAACUCCUCCACCAAAAAGACAGCGCCUGGAUGAUAAGGAGAAGGAUGUAUUGGUAAAAGAUAUGAAAGACAAGAUGACGCAUACCUUGUCCGCAAUUGCAACGAAAGUUUCUUGCUGGUAAUACAUGGUUUUCAAGGUGAAGGGUUACAUGUAGAUGCCACACACCUUGACCGCAAUUGCAACCGAAGAUUUUUGAAUGAACCGCAAGACGAUCAGAUGAAGGCUUUCAGUUGUCCAGGCCGGGCCAGGUGACCAAUGACGAUGAUAGAUCGGGUUCGAUUCAAGCUAUACGCUUGGUGUAUUCGGUUAUCGUGUCUGGCGACAGAGUCUAACUCACGUCCAAAGCACGGUGGCUGGGUCCCAGGCAUGCUUGUCACUUUGUUCUGCUGUCCUCAUCUAAGUUUCGACGGUGAUGACAUGGACUAAGGUUCAAAGUACGUGUUCCCCUUGAGUCAUUGUGGUUGAUUGAUGGGGGAAAUUAACGAUUGCGUGUCGCUAGUCAUUCACAAUAUCCCCUGUUGAAGAGUGUUGGCGGGAUAAGUCUUACGACUGUUAACAAUAGUAAGCAAUAGCUGGCCAGCGAUCCCCUACCUGAUCUCGAGGGGGAUGGAAUGACUGGGGUUAGAGGCCUGUUGUUAACCUGCGGAAUUUCGUCGGACGAAAUGUCAGGCGUGUCCGUGUGGGACUUGUGCUAAACCAGUUUAGUACUAAUGACGAAGACCUUGGGUCCUUUGAAUAACAACAGUGUUCUCAACCUCCUUGUGCCUCUCAAAGCUAACGUAUAUACCCGCUGAAAUCGACAAGACGGCGAUGAAGAAGGAGAGCCGGCCUCCAGCUCGAGAGCCGAGAAGACACUGGAUGGACCUGAAGAAUAUGUUGCUGCCAAUGUUGGAGCCAUACAGGGCAGCCCGAGCCAACAUUGUACAAGGGCCACAAGGUCCAGGGCCUCCAGGACAAGGGACACAAGGACGAGGGACACGAGGACAAGGGACACGAGGACGAGGGACACGAGGACAAGGGACACAAGGACAAGGGACACUAAAGACGAUGUUGCAAUCUGCGGGCCCUCGGCAGAUUGAGAUGAUGGCUGUCGAGAAGACCCAACCACUCAACCAAGAUCUACAAUUCGUCCUAUGGUAGAUGUGACUCUCAAAAGAUUUUGGAUGACGAAGGAAUCCAAUACAUAUAUGGCAGCCCGAACCAACAUUGUACAAGGGCCACAAGGUCCAGGGCCUCCAGGACAAGGGACACGAGGACAAGGGACACGAGGACAAGGGACACGAGGACAAGGGACACGAGGACAAGGGACACUAAAGACGAUGUUGCAAUCUGCGGGCCCUCUGCAGAUUGAGAUGAUGGCUGUCGAGAAGACCCAACCACUCAACCAAGAUCUACAAUUCGUCCUAUGGUAGAUGUGACUCUCAAAAGAUUUUGGAUGACGAAGGAAUCCAAUACAUAUAUGGCAGCCCGAGCCAACAUUGUACAAGGGCCACAAGGUCCAGGUCCUCCAGGACAAGGGACACAAGGACAAGGGACAUAAGGACAAGGGACACGAGGACAAGGGACACAAAAGACGAUGUUGCAAUCUGCGGGCCCUCGGCAGAUUGAGAUGAUGGCUGUCGAGAAGACCCAACCACUCAACCAAGAUCUACAAUUCGUCCUAUGGUAGAUGUGACUCUCAAAAGAUUUUGGAUGACGAAGGAAUCCAAUACAUAUAUGUCGCUCACAGAUACGGGCAGACAACCGAGAGUCGAGUGGAUUCAGUGGAUCGAAUGGUUGUGCGGAGGGAUAGCCAUGUGCAGGAGUGACGAACCACAGCUCGGCAAACGAUGCCUUGACAGAACAAUUCAAGGAGAACCUUCGCUGAGAUCAGAAAGGGAACUUGUUUGCUGUGGGGAUGGAUUGGACACCGAAAUGUCUGUCAUUCUAAUAAACUAUAAUGACAAUCCAACUCCAAAGGGACUCUCUGGAUUUAGGGAAAGCUACGGACAUAGAGCCCUGAAAUGAUAUCCUGCAGCCACCAUGAGGACGGCCUAUCUCAUACUUCGGAAGGGUGCCAUCACACGCAUGGAGAAGCAUCCGACAGGAGGAAGAUGGAUGUUGCUGACCAGCACAUCCCAACGAUGUAUUUUUGUCACCGUAGACCUAUUGUUUUUAUUGAAAUAUCUGAUUGAAAGGUGAUUUUAUUGAUAAAAAUCCUCAAAUUUUCUGAUGGGAGAAGGCAUAUAUUUACCUUCUUAGGGCAAUGACAAUAUGUUGUCAUGGUUUAAAAUAAUGCACGUAUAAAGAAGGAAUAACAUUUUAGAGGAGGGUUUCUUUUGUUACCAGGGGCACCAUGAUCCAAGAGAUCAACAAUUUUCUGGCAAAAUCUUUUGAAAGAAAGCGAAAUGUGGAGUGGGCGUUUAUGGAGAGCCAAUAGGGCAUGUCAGUACCCAAACAAAUAAGUCUUAAGCAAAAUUGAUUUUUAGCUUAUGAAGGCAGAAGCUAAUAGCCUAGGGCACAUCAGGACCCUACUGCUUGAAAUGGUUUUCUCCUGAAAUAAUCACCAACUUGAUCAGAUAUUUCAUUAUUAUAUCUCCAUCACUUGAGACAUGGGGUUCAUAUGAUUUCUUUCUUGCUUAAACCCCAGGCAAAAAAGGAACAUAUGUGUCUGCGAUGGAACGUAGGCCUUUAAUACUGUUUCUCGAUCUCCCCAGUACCAUAGAAUCCACGGGCAUUGGUCAGAGCAGUUAAGCCGAGACCUUCUAACGUUGGCUGGCUCAGUUGCUUGGUAUCAUAUAAUACCAGAGACAACUGACCAACUACACAAAGAAGUUAAAGAAGUUGCGUUCCCUCAAUCACUUUUACCAAAUACCUGGGAACAAGGUAUUGAUGAAAAGACACAUUCAACUUAUAUAGUUGAAAACACUCUCAUUGUUUUAUUGAUAUUUGUGAGGAUAUCAAAAGAUUUCCUGACGACAGAAUCGACUGCUUCGAGAUCUUGCGAGAGCAUAUUUAUCAUGCUCUGCAGAUUAUGAAGACGGUCUUUUGCCCCACUGAGAAUUGGAUAAGACAUGGUACUGAAUGGUUUGAGAAAAGUGUAAUUAAAACGUCAACUUUGUAAGACGUUUCAUUUUGUCCUGCAUGUAAUAAAUGUAGACCUUGUUAGUAAAAUAAAGAGAUCUUAGACUCCAACUUGCCAAAAAACUGGCAUACCCACUUCUGUGUAGUCUUGCCAUGUCGAAAGCUACGUCUUUUGUCAUGCAAAUAACAUGUCACCUCUCAACCUUUUGUCAUGCAAAGCGGCAGCCUCAAGGUGGAGUGGCCAUGAGAAAUGUGGUCCUUUUGUUAUUUAAAUUGGGUCCUUAAGCUGUUUAGUCAUGGUGUGAUGACAGCCUUGACCUGACCUAUUGUUAGCUGAAAUGGCUUAACUGCAGUCAUACACAAUAGGUUUAAUACAUGCAUGAAUAGUAAAUGAACAUAUUAUUAGCAUGCAGAGUUGAAGUUGUGGAGUGUGACUAGUGUAAGAUCUCUAUUUAGCAAUGUCUUUCUUGAACAUUACAUCUUGUAAAGGAGUAGACCAUGUGUGAUAGUAUUACUAUCUUCUUGUUUUCUCCUGUUAUGGGCUUUCGGAGUGGCGCAGUACUUAAAUGUACACGUCUGAUGUCAUGUAAAAAACUCAGUCGUUGAAGCCUGUCACCUGUGUGAUGGAGUCGGCAGCUCCCUCCGAUCGCGUAGGUUUUCUCCCGGGGACGGGUUUCCUCCUGCACGACAUUCCAAAUUGCCAUUACGAUAAUUCUUGGGAUGUACAACAAUAAAAAAGAUUUUCACAAGAUAAUGAUUUGAAUUUAUUUUU